CGCUUGUCUAACAAUACCUCAUUUGGUGUUUUUGAUUUUGUGUGAUAAAUUCACUAAAAAAAUUCGACAAAAUGAAAAUUUCCUUGUGUCACUAUUAGCUUUAAUCGUCCAGGAUUUUACCGAAGGAAUCUGAAUUUCGAAAAGUUUUCGCGUACAUGUUACCCACUCGUUUUACUCGGUGUGAUCGAGAUUCGUUCGAAUUGCUGUAACUUUCUGUCUAAUCUUUGUUAUAAACUCGCCAUCGUUGGUGCAUAUUUCACUCGAAGAGGAGUUGGUUUCACUUCAAUUUGAUACUAUGAUAUUAUAGCUUUAAAACAUGAGUAAUAGCGAUGAUGAACCGAUGCACCUGUAUGAAGUGUUUCAAAAUUGCUUCAACAAGAUAGCGAACAAACAAUCCGAAAAACCAAGGUAUCAAGCUCCAUUCCAUAAUACAGAGAAUGAGAUGAAUUACACAAAUAACUUCGGUGUCAAUUCGGAGCAGUUUAGUUCGGAGUCGCCAUUCUUUCCUUUCACCAAUGUUCAGAGGAAGAUUAUUCCUAAUUCAGAUAAUGAAGCUGGAAUGCCGAAUUCGAUGAACGAUCAUACGAACGUAUGGCAACCCUCGCCUCACCCUUCGAACGCAGAAGAACCGAUGAACCUGCCAGCGAAUGCUGGUAACGCUAUGUAUCCCUAUAACAACGAUAUAAUGCUGCCUACUACUCAAGCUCCUUACGGAGUCAACUCCAUGACACCGAUAUCACACACAGGACAUCAUCAAUUGGAAUAUGACGACAUUUCGCAAACAAAUGUUGUGCCUGGUGAUACAGUCACGUCUCCGGAUGUUUUGCCGCCUUCUGUGUUACUCCCGUCGUCGAAUCUGCAUCACACGAACGAACAUAAUCCUUCGUCUACGUAUCCGGCGCAUCAUAGUCCUUCGUUGCAAAUACCCAACGAAAAUAUUCCUAAAAAUUACACAUUUGUUUACAUGACUGAUCAGAGUGUAAGUAGCUGUAGUUCUAAUCCUUCGACACCACUGAGUUCACCGCCACCGUUACCAGGUUCUGGUAAUGGCACCAGUUGCCGAUGGCCUAAUAAUGGAUCCAUAUCGCAUUAUUCUUUUUUGCCGCAUUUUCCCACUGAACGGACUAAUCAAAGUGGUACGCGAAUUGUUGAGGAAAGAAUCGACGACGCUAUUAACGUAUUGAGAAAUCAUGCCGAAUGUCAAUCGGUGCCACCUCAAUUUACGCCCAAUGCACCUCCAGUUGGAUCUCAAUUUCAUCAGUAUCACAUAGCAGGCAAUUCGACCGUCAAUAAUAUGCCCCAUAAUUCAUCAUUUCCUUGCGCAGCUGUUCCUGUUGGUGCUUCUAGUGUAGAAAGACCAAUCACGCCUGAUAGAGUGCCUUCAACCAAAAAAAGAAAGAAGCCUCCAGAUACGAUGGUCGUUAAACCAGAAAAUGAUAGGUUAUCAGUCGCUGAUAACGUUGUCAACGCAUUGUCUUCCGCUGUAAAUUCUACCACUUUUCAUAAAGGCGUCAAGAGACCUAGAAAGUAUUGUUCCAGCGCCGAUGAAGAUAACGAAGAUCCUGGAGUGAAAGCUCAUAGAGAGAAAGAAAGACGACAAGCGAAUAAUGUUCGCGAAAGGAUCAGAAUAAGGGAUAUUAACGAAGCUCUUAAAGAACUUGGACGUAUGUGCAUGACUCAUCUGAAAACCGAUAAACCUCAAACGAAACUCAGCAUUUUAAAUAUGGCCGUUGAAGUGAUCAUGUCGCUCGAACAGCAAGUCAGAGAACGUAAUCUCAAUCCAAAAGCUGCCUGUUUGAAGAGGAGAGAGGAAGAAAAAUCUGAAGAUAAUGUAGAUCCGAAAUUAAGACAUCAUUUAUCAAUGGCUCAGCAUAUACUGGUUCAACCGUCUUCCCAUAUCGCGAAUAUGCCGUUACAGGACAGUAAAAAUGGAUUUCCUCACGGCCACGCUCAUAAUCUACUUCAAUAGAAUCUACAUGUACAACGACGUCAUCAUCACUAUUAUCAUCAUCAUCAUCGAAUACGUCAACGAAAAUGAAUGAACCACGUUCAGUAUUAUAAUUUCGUUUUUUCUCUUUUUUUUUCUCCUAAACUUAGAUUAAUUCUUGUUUCUUAAGCUACUAUUACUAACCAGUGAAUUUUGUAGUAUACUUAGUAUUACGACGGCGACAGAAACGUAUAUAAAUGACAACGAAAUUUAUUCUCUAUAUCCCUUACAUAAUUUUGUGUCCCUUUUCCCCAUACCUAAGGUAUUAUAUUCGCAUUUACAUUACCUACGUUACGUAUAAUUAUAGAUAUCAGAUGACUGAGGUAAGAUUAAUCAAAAAAGGGGAGAGUUUUUAUACGUAUGAAAAUUUGAUUCGUUGCAGGAAUCAUCGAAUCUCAUCGAAAUAAAAAAUAUGUUGAUGUUAGGUCGACGUUCGUAAUACUAGGUAAUUGUCGCGCAAUCGAUGUGUUUUUCUUUUUUUGUAAUAUUGAAGAUAAAAAAAUUUUAUCGUGUAAUUUUUUUUAAUUUCUAUGAUAUAUAAAUCUAUUAUAAAUAUAUAUUACAUAGAUUGUAUUAUUUGUCCUCCUCCUCCUUCUCGUCUUACUUUUUUCCUUUUGGCUGGCCAAAAUCAUACUACCUACUUUAAAAUACCAAAACUCAAUAUUUCUACCUAUACACGCAGUUUUUUUUCUUCAUCGUAAUCCGAUCAUGUGUUCAGUUUGUAUAAUAUGUAGUUCGAUGUGUGUGUAUGUAUCUAAAGUGUUGUAGUUUGUAACAAGUUGAACGGUACUCGCCUCCAAGCCCACCUACGACCCUACCCCCAUCCCCUUAAUUUUUUGUAUGUAAUUUGUUUUAGAGUGCCUUUUGUAUUUACUUAUAUACUAUGUGUAUAUUAUAGCGUAAUGUCUUCUUUAUACUUUACAAUACUUUAUAUAACUGUAUUAUCAUAUGUGAAUGCCCCCCAACAUCACCAGUUCUGAUAUAGAUUUUAUGUAUUUUGUUGAAAAAAAAAUUAGCGAGGGUAUACGUUCGACUUGCGAUGUAUUAUAUUUUUGUUCGAUACUAUAUUAUACCUACAUAGGGAUUUCUAUUAACGCGUGCUGGAAACUGUAACAAAAUAUCGAAAAAUUAUACCGCUCGAGUCGCGUCCCGUAUCGACCGAUCAGAUGAGAAAGAAAGGAAAAACCAAAAUUUGUAAUAUUACACAUGUUGAUAAAAAUAACAUUAUUUUUUUUCUAAAAAUUAAACGCUAUUAUUUA